UGAAGAAUAGCUUUGAUGCCAUGAGCCAUGGCAUGGGGUGUGUCCAGCGGGCUGGCAAAGUCUGUUUGCCUCCUGCUGCCAGCUUUUGUCAUUUCGCAGUGUGGCGAUGGGUACUUUGCUGAGAAUGGUUCCUGUUUUGUUUGCUCAGCAGGGAGAUUUACAGACUCGACGUCAACAUGCGAUCCAUGUCCUCCAGGGAAAUAUAUCUCUGAUGACGGCACCGACUGGAAGCUGCAUGCAGAUCCAUUGCUAUGCUUUGAGUGCCCAGAGGGCCGUGCCUCCAACUUGUCAGCGACAAGUGAAUGUGCUGUAUGCGCACUAGGCAAGUUUUCAAGCUACACAGGUGCAACCGAAUGCCAGGACUGUGCUCUUGGAGUGGCGCUAUCGAAUGGCUCUGUUGUGUGCGAGCCCUGCUUGCCAGGGCAUAUGCCAAGCACGGACCAUGCAGCCUGCGAGCCGUGCACAGCUGGAAAGUUCGGCUUGAAUGGCAUGGGAUGCAACUUCUGUAAUUGGGGGGAGGUGUCUGCAGCAGCAUCUGAGAGCUGCACGAGCUGCCCCGCAGGGACAUAUGUCAACGUAACCUUGCAGCAGUGCGUGGCAUGCGGGCCAGGACAGUACUCCUGGUCUGGCGCGCUGGAAUGCUUCUCUUGCUUUGGCGGGACCGCUGCGAGCAAUGAUAGUUCCGAAUGCUACCCUUGUCCAGCAGGAAGAUACUCCCUUGAUGAAGCGACCGAGUGUCUGCCUUGUGCUGCAGGCACCUAUUCUUUUCAAUACUUUUCCCACUGCAUGGAUUGCUGGCCUAGCAGCAUUUCGGCGCCUGGUUCUGGCAGCUGUGUUGGCUGUGAUCCUGGAUGGGUAGCAAAUGAUAAUUCGUCCGAAUGUGUUGCCUGUCAAGCAGGGAAGUAUGCCUGGAGGGGUGAUACUUAUUGUUGGGACUGUUGGUAUGGAUCGUACUCGCCUGCCGCAUCCUCAAAUUGUUUCGAUUGUCCUCCAGGGAGGCAUGUCAUACCAAGUCGCUCCGGAUGCGUAGACUGUCCAGCCGGCAAGUAUAGCGCAUGGUCUGGCAAUGAAGAUUGUUAUGACUGUGAGUAUGUUAUCACGGAGGACAGGACAGGGUGUAACCUUUGUCCACCUGGGCGUUACCUCACAGGCAAUGAGACUAGAAACUGUACCGUCUGCGAGCCAGGUAGAUAUGGUGAAGGCUUUGGCAGCUCAGAGUGCCAAGGUUGCCCCAGAGGGAGGUAUUCUAAUGAGACUGAGCUAAGCAUGGCAACACAAUGUGCACCCUGCCCUGGCCUUGCCACCGAAACGUCCGGCUCCACAAGCCGUGAUGAUUGCAUCCUGCCAGCUGCCAAUCAGACGUUUGACUGCGCCAAGGGAAAGCCUUGCACAAUUGAAGAUUUUCAAGUCCAAGGUCUGCAAAGCAGCCAGGCUCUAGUCGUGAAAGUGGAGACAUGUGAAGUCAAGGAAGGGUCUGGCGGCUACGGGUCUACGCUGCCCAUCCCUACAUCUGGCUAUUCUGACGGCUUCAAUGGGUAUGUUGGAGCGGGUGGCUAUGGCGCCUCUCCCGGCAGAAGGCUGCGAAGCUCUGGCUCUCCAGUUGGGUUCGAAUCCAUUUCGUCUACCGGCUCAAGCUCUUACAACUGGACCGAAACAGUCCAAGCAGAGGUAGAGGAGUAUCGGGUGUGCUGGUGCAGUGGGGUGAGCAACACUUGCGACAGCUUUCCGCAGUUUCAGGUGGAUGUUGGCACAAUGACUGUCACAGGGCCCUUUCCAUCACAGGCGUUCACAUGUGUGAUUGGCCGGGAAUGCAUCAGCCAGGGCCCGAUUCAAGGGCUUGGCCUCCGUGGAGAGGACCAGCUGACACUGCGCAUCGCUUGCCAGAGCUCUCGGGCAUCUUGGCUGAGCGUGGCCCUGCAGGUCAAUGUCCUCACAAGCAACACUUCGAGCGCCAAUGAACUCUUCUUCGGCCAGACUGGCCUACUUUGGAGCCCACCGGGUUCCUACGAGGUGUGCUGGUGUUCAGCCACGGGAGAGGCAUGUAGCAGUAUGCAGGCAUCGGAUUACAUCAUUUACUUGGAAGCCUUGGCGGCUAUGUUUUACAUUUCCGGGCCAACUGGGGGUGAGUUCGUCAAUUGCAAUCGUGGUCAGAUUUGCACUGCCAUCUUGCGGCAAGGUGGGACUGGUCUACUUCCAGGCGAUCGGCUGUCCUUCAUGCAAGUCUGCGGAUCCGGGGAUUUUCUAACUGGGAUUCCGGCACCUGGCUACCUGACUACAGAGGACGGCAUUUCGUUCCAUUCGGAAGACAGAAUGGCAAUCCUCUCGUCUGAGCCAGGGAUGUUCAGGGUGUGUUGGUGCCGCCCAGACCUUUCCAUCGGCAUGAGCUGCGACAAAGGCAGCGAUUUCAAUGUGCCUGCCGGCUUGUUCGUAGCAGCCGGUCCUUACUCAAGCCAAGAGCGUGUCUGUGUGAGAGGUCAGCCGUGUGUGGUGACGGACUUGCGAGGUGUCAGCCUGUCAGCCAGUGACAAGCUCGUGGCCCUAUCAACCUGCCACCCGUCUUCUGGGGUCUCAGAAAGCUUCCCGGCCCCUACCUUGCGCGAGAGCCAGCUGGAUGUGGCCUCAGGAACGUACACCUUUGACCUUGGAGACCUGCCCGUCAGUGGGGUACCAGAUGUUGUGCAGCUUUGUUGGUGCGGAGUAUCCGAUCAGGUUGCCUGUGCGGAUCCUUCUGAGUUCACCACGUCCGCAGCAACGCUGUAUGUGCAGUGUGCCCCGGGCUGGUACGCGCUUGAGGGGGAGGUGACAAUUUGCGCUUUGUGCGCUCCUGGGUUUUACUGCUUAGGAGGAUGGCUGGCAGCAAUGAAGGCUUGCCCUGCAGGCAGCUUUGCCCCAGCAGGCUCCAACAGCUCCAGCGCUUGCAAGUGCCGAGAGGGCUACCGUGCGGAAGCUGACGAUUGUAUCCCAUGCCCUGCAGGCUCGUACAAAGAAGGCAUCGGCAAUUCAAUCGAGUGUGGUGGAAGGUGUCCGGAAGGAACAACUUCAGACCGGGCAGCAUCAAGUCUGUUCCAAUGUUAUUGCGCAGGCGAUAGGAUUGACAUAAAUCCGGAGCCAGGCAUGUUUGAAUGUACGGAUCUGAUGGCAUUGUCUGGCGACUUCAGCGAUACACUGUACGCAGCAACGCGGCAAGAUGUUUUUGCAUUCACGGCAUACAUGUCAGUUGUUGAUGCUUCCUCAGAGGCCCUGGUGGAAGAGAUCUUCGCCGCAAUGGCAGUGUAUUUGGGGAUGGUGUUGGAAGCUAAGCUCUCCCUGGAGGUUCGUUCAGAAUUCGAUGCCCAGUCGAACACUUGGAUUUCGGUUCUAGAUGUGACAAGCACGGAGAAGGCUCUUGCACAGCUUGUGCAAUCCAAGUUGGGCGCCAACGAGUUUGCUGCUUGGCUCUUUAACGACAUGAAGGGGACAGCUUUAGACGGAGCUGUGCCAAUCUACCUGGAGCCAAUAGAGCUUUGGUCGCUCCAGUGCCCAGAGGGACUGGGCUUUCCGGCUGGUCAACUCAUUUCCGGCCUGGCUGACUGCAAGUGCCCACAUGGCAGGCAGCCGGCGUCCGCCCUACCCGGUCUCAAAGGGGGCUGUGUGAAAUGUCCCUUGGGCCGGUACAAGUCGGCAGUUGCAGACGUUGAGUGUGCACAGUGUCCCACUGGACAGUUUCCUUUGACCACACUGCAGCAGGGCGCUAUAUCUUACUCUUCCUGUACCUGUUCUGCUGGAUAUGUGAGCAUAGACCCCGCAACCCCCUCUCGUUGCCAAGAUUGCGGGCAGGGUUUCUUGUGCCUGGGUGGCGGGCACAGACAGGCAUGUGGUCGCUUUCAAACUACGCAAGGCACAAAUGCUACAAGCGAGGAGGAGUGCCUUUGUGCAGCUGGAUUCUACAACACGCUUGGCGUUUGCAAUGCUUGUGAGCCAGGGCGAUUCAAGGAAGAAGUUGCAAACACACCUUGCUCAGCAUGUAGUGCUGGACGCUUUUCUGGCCCAGGCAAAGUCACAUGUGAAGUGUGCCCUGCGGGCCGCUACUCAACCGGCGGCCUGCCAGACUGUGAGGCUUGUCCAGCAGGCCGCUAUUCCAGCGCAUCCUCUGCAACAUCACUUGAUGAUUGUAUGCUGUGCGGGAUAGGCAAGUUCAACAAUGACACAGGAGCAACGUCUGCUUGGAAGUGUAUUGAUUGUGUGCAGGGCUCAACUACUGUCGUGACUGGUGCUGAAGGCUUUAGCUUUUGCGUGCGCCCGGAUGCUGUCCAGACUCGGGAAUGCAUCUCAGGCAGAGUUUGCGUUGCUGAUGGUGUCACAGGAUACAGCUUACAAGAUGGCCACCGCAUGGCGAUAGCCAGGAACGACUGCAGCAAGGCCAAGUCGAAAGUGGCAAAUGUUGUGAACAACGGAAUUUCCAAGCCCUCCACUACUAAUGGCACGCGAUAUGUGUGGGGUGAUUGGUAUGCAGACUUCACUCCGCUGGGUGGUUGGUAUCAUUUGUGCUGGUGUGCCAACAUCGACGAGCUCAAAUGUGACAAUUUGAAUGCCAACUUCGUUCUGUCAGCUGGGAGGCUUCUCAUCAUUGGGCCACUUGCGAAUAGUUUCGAGUGCGUCCGGGGCCAGGACUGCGUUGGCCUGCAGCCUUUCAACGGAUAUAGCUUAUCUGCUGCUGACCAUGUCCGCAUCCAGCGCGAUGCGUGUGGGGAAGACGCAGCGAUUGUCAUUUCGCCAGCUAACAUGCAGGGCUUAGGCGGGCUGACGGCGCUUAGCAGCACAGGACGCUUCACGCAGAUGAUUCUGGGCUUUGGCACCUCCGAUGCCGCGGAGAAUGACUUUCAUCUUCAGAUUGAUGCAAAAGGGGAUGGUUACAUGCUGUGCUGGUGUGCCACUGGGGGUGAUCCGUCCUUGUGCAGUGAACCUGCCAGCUUUGCAGUUUUUGCUGGCCGCUUGAGGGUACUUGGCCCCAAUUCGAACCAAGAGCGAAGAUGCGCAGUGGGGCAGCUAUGUGCCAUCCGUGACAUCAUGGGCGCAGGGAUGCUGCAAGGAGAUCGCAUGAUGAUUUUGUCAGAUUGUGGGAGGGGAGCUGCGGUUUCUGGUUUUCCGGCCGCUGGCAUCUUAGAGACAAGUGAUGGAAAAGACUUCGCCUUCAUCGGCAAUGGGAGCAAGAGGCUGAUGUCUGUUCCAGGCUUUUUCAGGAUGUGCUUUUGCAGGCCCGGUGUUGAAACUUGCACGGUGCCCAGCUCCUUUCAUGCUGGAGCGGGGCUGCUCACAGCCAGCGGGCCUUUCUCUGAGACCACAGUGUGUGAUGUGGGCAGCUCCUGCGACGUCACCUUAGCUGGGGUCGGUGUAGCUGUGGGAGACCAGCUUUGGGUGGUGGAUGGCCAAUGUGGGAACACCUCUGGGAUGCUAGAACGAGGCUUUCCCAACCUGACGAAACCUUUCCAGGUGGAAGCUGGCUUGCAAGUUCGCCUCGGAAACCUUCCGUCAGAAGCCAGCCCUGGGCUGUACCGGCUUUGCUGGUGUCCAUUCUCGGCCUCCUGUACGUCGCACGAGGCUUUUCGAGCUCCAGGGGGAUAUUUGCAGGUGCACUGCCCUGCUGGUAGCUUCGCUUUGGAGCUGUCAGAAGGCAUGCAAUGCGAGCCCUGCACUCGCGGCUACUACUGCCGGGGCGGUGCAGCUGAAAGCGCCAGAAGGAUAUCCUGCGCCUUCGGGCGGACAACCUUGUCAGGGGGGGCGGUUGCCAUUUCGGCCUGUGUGUGCGAUCGCGGUUAUAGACUGGACGCAGCUGGGGCUUGCGUUGAAUGCAACGUUGGCUUCUACAAAUCCUUUGCGGCUGAUGAGGCUCAUUGUACAGCCUGUCAGGAUAACCAGACUACUUACAGGGCAGGCUCGGUUUCGAUUGACUCAUGCUUUUCGCAAUCCAGCCUCUCAUCAGCACACACGCUCAAUGAAAACAGUUCUGCCGGCUUGCUGAUGAAAACUGCGAUGCCUGUACCAGCUGUCUCUUUCAACUUGACUUUGUCAAGCUCCGAAACGGAUCUGGGGGCGCUUCAGCAGCAGCUGAUUGACCUGUUCAUUGCAAGCCUGUCGGCUACUGCUAGAUUGGACGCAAGUGCCAUCCAGAUCGACUUCAUUCAAGAAAAUCGAUCUUCGGCGGUUCGGCGUCUUCAAAGCUUUUCCACCGUCGUGUUCACCAUUAGGUCGCGCAGCGCCAGCCAAGCCGCAGCAACGGCUGCAGAUCUGAGUGCACCGGCGGUAUCUCGCGAGUUAGCAUCAGCAGUUCAACAGCGUUCGACAGGUCUGGCAGUGAGCAGCGCCUCCAUGCCGACCAUCACCACUGUGGAAGUCAGCUGCCUGGAUGGGCGCUCCAUACCACCAGGAAUCACAAUUCUCAGCGAAUCAGAUUGCCAGUGCAGCAUUGGUUUUGGCUAUGACCCAGCGACUGCGACAUGUGCCUUGUGUGAUGUUGGGGCUUACAAGGACACGGUUGGGAACGGUAUUUGUACGAGAUGUCCCUUGUUGAUGUCGACGAUGGAGAAUGGUGCGACGUCAGAGCAGCAAUGCCAGUGUCAGGCUGGACUUUUCCAAGAUGGCGGGCAAUGCCGGGAAUGCAGUGUGGGCUUCUACUGCCCCGGCGGUGGGCAGAUGAUUCCCUGCCCAGACAACGCCACUACCAUUUCGCAGGCCAAGUCGCCGAGCGACUGCGUAUGUGCCGCGGGCUACUUCUUUGCCACUUCCAACGGCUCCAGCACUUGCCUCCCAUGCGCCCGUCGAAACUACAAGCCCAGCGUUGGCAACAGCGACUGCCCCCUGAGCUGCCCGACCAGUGCGGACAGCGAGCCCGGCUCAGUGGGCCUGGCCGACUGCUUCUGCCAGCCUGGGUACUACGCCAGUGUGAGCAGCACAGGGCAACUGGACAGGUGCAUAGGCUGCCACUUCCAGGGCCUGGAGUGCCGGGGUGGCUUUGAGAAGUCGAAUGGAACUGUGCGUGUCCAUGCCCAGCCCAUCGCCCUGCCAGGCUAUUUUCAAAGUGGCCUCACCACCGCCGUGGUAUGUGAUGUGUUUACGGCGAAUGGGUCCAUUUGCCAGGGCGGUGCUGCCUGUGUGGCGCACAGGCUGGACUUUGAAGUCCAGGCAGCUUGUAAUGGUGCGUUCGGAAAUGCUUGUGGAGAAGGCGCAAUUGGGAUGCUUUGUGGGCAAUGCCCCACUGGGUGGUCGCGGGAUGACUAUCCCCAGCCUUGUGCACCCUGCCCUGCUGAUUCAAGCAGUCAGCUCGCAGUUGGAAUUUGGUCCGACGUUCUCCAGAAAACUUCCCUGAACUUUAUUGUGGCAGUCAUGGCCGCCACUGCGGCUACCAAAGGCAGCCCCAAAUUGCAUACCAGCAUGAUCCGUAUUGGCACCCAGUGGUUGGCAGCCUGUUCAGUGCUCACAGAAUUCAACCUCGGUCGUCUUCCCGUCUUCGGCUGGUCGGAAGAGCAAGAAAGGAUGGAUCAGCUGAGCAAGUGUGCAGAUGAAAACGCCACAGACUGCACCACAGACCAGCAGGCGAGCAGCUUUCCAUGGCCAGAUGAAGCUACAGAUGCCAUGAACACGAUUUUCAACGCAAUGAGCGUUAUGAGGUCCUUUGCGAGCGUUGAGUUCUCAUCGAAGUGCUUUGCAGAGUCUUUGGCACCUGGCCAUGUCCAAGUGAAGCUGGCAGCACCUGGUGUGUACUAUCUGGGUAGCCCUCUCAUAGCCAUGAUGGCAAUCUUCGGGAUAUGCGCCCUUGCGGCGUAUGCUCUUGUCCCCCUUGCUGGCAUGGCGGGCAUGUACUUCAACCCCGUGGCGCAGAGGGGGAAGAAGAGAAUGAAGGAGAUCAAGAGGCUUGCAAAUGUUCUGGAUUUGCAUCAGGUGGGGCUGGAGUGGUCUGACCUUGAAGCAUCCGGCCUGCUUGGUGAGCUGUCACUUUGGACUCUGGAGCACGCAGUCGCAGAACCGGACGACUUUAUAACAGGACAGAUGGCCUAUCGGAAGCCCCUGGCCACUAAGAUGUGCCUGCACAAAGCAAGAGAUGAACCUCAACUAGCUUCUUUGUGUGAUGAAGUCCGGCUGAGCUGGGAAGAGUUCUCAGCGAAUCCAGACUUGUUGUUCCACAACAUCAGUGAAGAGAGUUUGCACGAUGCGAUUGUCCUUGGGAUGAGUCCCAGCUUCCUGGAGACGCUGGUCCUGCGGGCACUCGCCUGGAAGCUGCGCAGCCGGUUGGAGGUGUCGGGCCAGACUUCCUUCGAAGUGGUGCUUGUGGUGGCUGCAUGUGGCUCUGCGCAGCACCUUUGCAACCUUUCGGAAACUGGAGAUCGAAAGCUGGAGGAUUGGUGCCAAGCCAUUUGUGAAGAAUCCAGGCUAGCAGCGGAGGAACCACCCAAUAUGAUCGUACCCAUGACGAGCAGUUUGAGCAGCCUGAAAACCCCAUCCGAUUUCACUUCAAACCACGUGGACAUCGAAACCUUGGACUUCGGGUUGUUCACAGCCUUUCCGCGACCACUGCAGCUGUUCCAUCAGUGUGUCCCGGUGUUCUGGGUGAUGCUUUUGGCAAUGUGGCCAGACUUGCUGUCAAAGUUUCUGAAGAUGAUUUGGUGCUCUCGGGUGCCUGAAGACGAUGCGCAGGGGCUGUCAACCAUGCAGCAACGUUUAUUUCCAAAUCCCGGGGUGAUCUGCUGGAGCAACGAUCACUUUCUGAUGGCGUUGAUUGCGUGUCUCGGGCUUGCGGUGUGGUGCGUUGGCGUGCCCUUCUUGCUCUUCCUACGAUUGUGGAGGCUCAAGGACAGGCAGAGCCCAGACAACUUCAGGAGGUAUGGAUACUUCAUCCAAGGCUUUGAAGCACAAUUCUGGUGGUGGGACAUAGUUGUCAAACGUUUUGACGUUGGUCUGAUGAACCUGGUGACGUACACAUCGCUGGCAGCGGAUGACAAGGCAAAGCUCUUGCUUUUUCCAAUACUGUCCGGCGUUCAACUUUGGCUUUGCGCCUGGUGCCAGCCCUUUACAAACUCUCAGAACUCUAUCUUGGACGUAUUGGAGAUGUGCCUCUUGAGCUUUCGCUUUGCCAUGUUCAGCUUGGUUUCCAUCAUGCUGAUUUUCCACCCAUCAGCAGCAACCACCUACGUCCUAUCCGCAUUCAUCGCACUUCUACUUCUCUUUUUGUGCAGCUACUUUUCGCUGCACGUUGUAGCCCAGUUCCUUCGGGGCUCCGCAGCAGACAUGGAAGACAGCGAGGAGGAGAACGAGGGAAUGGCUGCCAAAAAAAGGCGGGCACGCGCCUCCAUCAACGCCAGGCAGAAUGGCUUCAUCCUAUGGGCAGGCUCACUUAAACGUCGACUGGUGCAACUUGCGCUACCGCUGGUCCAGCAGAGCAAGGAUGAGCAGUACUUUGUAAAGUGGUCCACUUUUCACAGUGAGUUGCUGCUCGUGACGGCCGCUGAGCGCCACGGGCACGCAGUCAACCACACCCGGCUCGUUGCUGCCUUGAAGCGGGCUCGAGCCUGGAUGUUACACUUCGGACUGCGGGUCGAGAAGAACACUUUGGCAAAGGCGCUGACCGAAUUUGGAGAACUGCGGCUGGAUGACGCCGGCCAAAAUGAGUUUCCGACAGACAUGCUUCACAUUGUCUGCGUGCUCACAAGCACGUCGAAGCACGUGCCUGCCAAGACCCCUCUUCCGGAAACAGGGAGACGGUGGAAGCAGCAGGUUCGGGUCUUGCUGCGAAAGGGCCGAGCCCUUCAUGAAGAGAACGGGGAGCACUACUGGUACACAUCACCCGAAGACAUUCUUACAGCAAUGCAGCGCUUGCACAAGCUUCCGCCUGAAAGCGUGGUUGACUUGGUGGAUGCCGUGCAAGUUCUUUUGCACGCGGAAAAACGGCGAAUGCAAAAAUCAAAGAAGGAGCCAUGCGCAACUCCUUCUCCGCCGCCUCUGCCUGGUCAAGGUGACCAGCCCAAGCUGCAAAAUGAGGAUCGAUUGAAGAAGGUAGUGAUCAAUCAGAUUGGAAAGACAGUGGCUGUGCAAACGACAGAAAGCUCAUUGGAAAUAGGACCAUCACCUUCCUCACUGGCUCGCACGUACCAUUUGGAAGAACGUGUUCCCCAAGAGCACAGCGCGGAUCCUUCAGAUGUCAGGCUGCAGGCGUCAGCAGAGGAAACAGCGAACGAAGCAUCGCCCCCAUCGCUGGCGUGUCGGUUGCUGGCGCCGCUGACCAGCAUGCCAGAGCUCUUCAGCAGGCCUCAGCCAAUCAGCACACAAGCAGCUGCGGAAUUGCCCAUCCGCAAUGACUCGAGGGCUCAGAGUCCCGUGCAGCAGCAACAGUCUCGGUCGAGAGGACCCGUCAGGGCCAGGCUCAGGGAAGCGCCGCCGCCGCUGAAAGAUUUGAGCACCGUGACGGAGACGCGCGCAUGCAAACCUUCAGCGCGGCCAGUGGGCAUGAGAGGAUCAUGAGAGGACCGUGAGGGGACCAUGAGAGGCCCAUGAUCCUCGAUCAUGAGAGGAUCGUGAGCGGCCGCAGGCGGCUGCGCAGCCCAAUGUGUCCAAUCCUUUGCGGAAGAUGUUUGUGUUUGGGUGUGUGUGUGUGUGUGUGUG